CCAUGCACCCCAAUCCAAGUAGCCCUUCCAUCAGCUAUAUAUAUCCACUCAACUUCCCAUCUUGAAUCUCAUCAUCAGAUCAAGAUCAAACCCUACCAUCGGCUUCAAAUCAGUCUGAUUUGAUCCGGUGGUGGGUUCUGAUAUAUACAUAUACAAAUACAGUCUGGUCGCCGGAAUCUGAUAUAUAAAUAUAAAAAUGGCGGAUAAGGUGCGGAGGUUGACGGCCGACAACGGCGUCGUGAUCUUCAGCAAAACCACAUGUUGCCUCUGCUACGCGGUGGACAUCCUGUUCCAGGAACUCCGGGUGGAGCCGCGGGUGCACAGCAUCGACCUCGAUCCCGACGGCAAGGAAAUCGAGAAGGCCCUGCUGGCCCUGGGCUGCGGCACUAAUAAUAAUGCGGUGGUUCCGGCCGUCUUCAUUGGCGGCCACCUCAUCGGCUCCACCAACGAGGUCAUGUCUCUCCACCUCAGCGGCUCCCUCCUCCAACUCCUCAAACCUUAUCAGCAACUCCACCAUUAGAGCCUCCUAGCUAGUAUAGCUAGCUUCAACUCCGCCGCCGCCGCCGCCCUGUCCUAGAAGUUCCGACAAUAAAGAAACUGAAUCC